UAAACUACGCAGCAGCUUGGUUCUCGUCAAAACACAAUUCGCAACCGAAAGAAAGGAAAAGAAAAGAAAAACAAAAGAAAAAAAAGAGAGAAUAAAAAGAGACCCAAAAAUUUAUAUUACUGAAAAAAAAAGAUGAUCCUUGCAGUAUUGUUCGCAAAUGUUGAAGGCAACAUCUUAAUCGAACGGUUUAGUGGAGUUCCAGCUGAGGAACGGCUGCAUUGGAGAUCUUUCUUGGUUAAGCUGGGGGCAGAUAAUCUAAAAGGUGUUAGAAACGAGGAGCUCCUUGUUGCUUCUCACAAGUCAGUUUAUAUUGUUUACACAGUGCUUGGGGAUGUCAGCAUUUUCAUUGUUGGCAAAGAUGAGUAUGAUGAACUUGCGUUGGCAGAAGUCAUCUUCGCCAUAACAUCAGCUUUAAAGGAUGUAUGUGGGAAGCCCCCUACGGAGCGCCUCUUCCUCGACAAGUACGGAAAGAUAUGCUUGUGCCUGGAUGAAAUUGUUUGGAAGGGACUGCUGGAGAACACAGACAAAGAAAGAGUUAGAAGGCUAACAAGAUUAAAACCUCCAACAGAGUUCUGAGUCUGAAAGCUCUUAAAAUCAACCAGCUAAAUGGAGAUUGUAAAAGUCUUGGUUGUUUGUGUCUGUCCCAUGGAACGCUCUUCAAACUUUUGCUUGUAACAAAUUGGUAACAUCUUAUUGAUUCCUGCUAUGUUUCUUUUGAACCAUGGAGAGGCAAUUGUAUGAUCUGGAUCCUGAGUGUUAGAUUCCUUUUUAUGAUGUGACUAUUAAAAUUUUCAGGAUCAAUGUUUCAUUGGACAUCUGGGAAUGCCACAAAACUGUCCAAAGAGAUUGAAACUAGGAUGGUUGUUGACUUGUUGUUCUAAGAAAUCUGAAUACCUAUUGUACAAUGUAUUAAAUAAAUUGAAAAUAAUUCUGGGA